AUGACUCAUUAUUUUAGAAGAAAUAAUUCUGUCACACGUCGAAGUUCAUCCAAUCAAUCCAUUGAACAAAUAAGCAAUACAUUAGAACGAGAACGAAUUAGCUCAUCAGAUACAUAUCGAAUUAAUAGCCGAGAAAAGACAUCAACACUAAUAUCUCGACAAUCAUCUCGUACCAGAAAAGGCAAAUAA